AUGAACAACAACAUGGACAACGGAGCCCAUUUUCUCGAGCAUCCGGCUGUAAGGACGGCUUGGGCAAGAAUAGAUGUUGGUAAUGAAAGACAAGCAACCAUUAACAGACCGGGGACCUUCCUCAUUACCCCUGAGCUUGAUUUCUCCCUGGUCUCCGUCCACACUCUCGCUCGCCUGGGUCUUUUUGGCUACCAUAAAUUUAAGCCCACCUCCAACCAUAUUGGCUACAUUGUUAGUCCCUCCGGCCGAGACGUCCUCGCGAUUGGAUUCGUGAGGCUAGAGGUACAAUUGAGGGUGCAGGUCAACGUUCACUCGGUCGCACUGUUCAACGACCUCGUCUGUUUCAUCAUCUACCAAGAACCCCCGGUACCGGCGGAUUUGUUGUUUUCGAUGGGUCGGUGCAGCCUCCUUUGCUGCUAUGGCUGGAACAUGAACCAGAUCGUGCCCCACAAUCCAAGUCUACCACUCCAUGUACCACUGCCCUCACAGCAACAACAACAACAACAGGAACAACAACAGGAACAGCAGCAGCAACAACCGCAACAACUACAGCACAGGAACGGCAACAUCACCAUCAACACUAGCAUCAACAUCAACGCCAACAGCGACAGGGACAUCGACACCCCACCGACCCCGGCAGCAAGUGCAAGUGCGAGUAACAACCACGGCUGGGCCAGCGGCUGGGCAUACAUCUACGCCGAACCAGGAAACGGCACCUCAAGCAGCUGA